GAACAUGAGUAGAAAUAGAUAUAAAACUUUAUAUUAAAAGUUGAUGUUUUCCCAGAACAAAGCUCAUUUGAUCCCUUUUCUUGUAGUGACAUGAAGGGCUUGGAAUCGCUGAUAGAUUCCCUUCAGAGUGAUGAAGUGGCCCUGGAGAAUGCAGAUCCCACGCAGCCUAGCAACACAGCUCCUGUGGUGUCAUCUGUGGUCAAUAUGGCGACCAAAACUGACAGCAGACAAAAAAUGGCUGGCUUAGGGUUUCAGCCAAUGUGCUCUCCACUCUUCUUCAAAGCCCCGCCUCUUCGUGAUAAACAUGAAGUUCUAGAGGACGAACGACUUCAUGGCCUGAAACACUGCAGUGUGCAUCUGAAAAAAUUGAACUCAGAUAAUGAGCAUCACCUUAAAAAACUGAGCUGUUUUGAUGAUUAUGGUUCAAAUAGAUCAAAAGGAAAACUAAUUUGUACAGAUGCAAAGGAAAUAAAGCCUGAUACAUGCAUUUUUGAUGUUACAAAGUCAUCUGGAAUGAAAUGUGAUGAUACUGCUGAGCAUAAAUGUCCUGGUUUGAAGGAUGUGAAGCCGAUAUCAGAGAAUUUAAGCACAAAGAAUGAUAACAAUUAUUGUGGUAAACAUGUAUCAAAUUUGGAUGUGAAAGUGUGUGCCCUAAGCACUAUUGCCAACGAUGAUGUUAAAGUGAAGGUUGAAACAAAUAAGAAUUUCAACAACAGUGACUUUAUCAUCACCUUCAAGUUUGACACCUGUGAUUUCAUCUUCAAGUUCAACACCAACAGUUUCAUCAUCCUCUUCAACAUCAACACCAGUGAUUUCAUCAUCGUUUUCAAGUUUGACACCUGUUAA